CAACGUUUCAUUUAGUCUAACGUUAUAGAGCAACUCACACCUUUGAUUAUUAUCAUUUUUUUUUUUUCGGGUGUACAUGUAUGGUAGGUACGAGAAUAUCUGGAAGAAGAUGGCAGAGAUUUCUGCAGCAGAUGCAUCGGAUUCGUCGCCAUCAACAGAUGAAAAAGACGCCCGAAACGGCACAACUCAAACAAGAAAGCCUCCUCCUGUCAUUUCCUUGGCUAUGUUGAGAAGGGCCAUCGGCGACGAAAUCGCCUCCCUCGACGUGAAUGAGGUGACCCGUCGAGUCUAUGAAGGAGUGCUCUUGAAGGACGACGAGAAGCAGGGCCAGAAGGAUCAGGCACAGCCAUACAUACACAAGUAUUGGGUGGACAGGAAGCUCAACAGGAACUGCUUGAUGGUUCUGGCUUCGGCCUUAUCGAUCACUUGGGGAAACGAUAGCCAAUACUGGACAAAGCCAGAAGAGGAGGAAUCAUGCUAUUCGGGCAACGUAAAUCUGCCCAUUGCCGUGCUAAGAGGCGUUUGGUGGCUGGAAAUCAAAGGGAAAUGCAAAACGAUCGUGCUCUCUCCGAGGACGAUGUACGAAGUCACGAUUGUUGUGAAGAUGAGCAGUAGAAACCACGGAUGGGAAAUUCCGGUGAACCUCAGUCUCGAAUUACCGGAUGGAAACAAGCAGGGACGCAUGGAAAGAUUGGACAGAUUGGAAAAGGAACUGUGGAUUCCAAUUAGCAUCGGCAAGUUCGAGACGACCCCCAAAACCGUUGGCGAGAUAAGCUUUUCCCUCACACAAACUGAUGGGCAUUGGAAGUCCGGCCUCCGCGUCAAAGGCGUUGUUUUCACGCCUACAACAGAGAAUAAGCAGCCAACAUAAUGCGUGAAUUGCUGCUCAAGUGUUUGUAUUAAUCUCCUCUCUACGUAUGCCGAUGCACUGUCGUGAUGAUACUUCUCCGAACUCGUAUCCAAUGGCAAACAAUAUAUAUUCCCCAGUCUGAAAUAAUUUUUUA